ACUUUAGUACGUAUUACAACUUAUAAUGUAUUACGUCAUUGAGUUAUAAUUUAUAACUCAAGUAAAUUCAACUCAAUUCAAAUUAAUUAUUAAUUUUAGCUUUUUUUACCACCACAGACGGUGUUAUAGGGACUAGGGACAAAUGUCCAAAGCAAGUUUACCUAGUUUGGUUAUAAAGUGCGUUUCAUCAAAUAGUUCCUUUGCCGUCAUGUUGGCAUUCCUGUCUGUGAAUAACGUAAACACGGUAGACACGCUCUGCGAGUUUACAUAAGUUUUAUUGUGAUUUCGUGAGAAAAUCAUGCCGAAAACAUUAAAGAGUGGUGAGAGAAUAAUGGUGUUAAAAGUGAAAGAGUUUUGUGAACGUGAAAAACGUAACGAGGCCCCAAUAAUUCCAUUAAGAUGUGUACAAGCUCGGGUCGCCGCCAUUACAGGUAUAUCUGAAAAAACAGUGUCUAAGGAAGGUAAAGAGGCAGCUUCAACAUCGAAAAAAGUAACAACACCGCGCAAAAGUGGUCUUCGACGAAAAACUCAUGAACUAGAUGAUUUCGAACGAUGUGCUAUAAGGCAUAAAAUACACGAAUUUUAUUCUGUAAGAAAGGAAUUACCAUCAUUGGCGAAAUUGUUACAUGAAAUGCGAAAGGAGAUAAACUAUAAAGGUAGUCGCACCACUUUGUGGAGAAUUAUAAAAGGAAUGGGAUUUUAUUUUAAAAAAUGUAAAUCAAAAAGAAAGGUUUUGAUGGAGACAUAUGACAUUGUCGCAUGGCGCCAUCGCUACCUGGAGGAAUUAAGAAAUAAUCGUCUUGGAACUCAGCGGCCAGUCGUGUAUUUAGACGAAACAUAUAUACACGCCACAUAUUGCGCUGGAAAAUGUUGGCAAAGCGAAACUGAAGAAGGUGUUUUAUCUUCUGAUUCCAAAGGACCACGAUGGAUCAUUGUUCAUGCAGGUGGCACCAUGGGCUUCAUAUCAAAUGCUCAACUGAUUUUCAGAUCUCAAUCGAAAUCAGCGGAUUAUCACGAUGAAAUGAAUAAAGUUAAUUUUAAUAAGUGGCUUAAAGAAAAAUUAAUACCAAAUCUACAUACCUCCACAGUCCAUUGUGGUUAUGGAUAAUGCAUCCAACCAUUCUGUGCAGAUUGAUAAGGCACCUACAAUGUCAAGUACAAAGUCAGAAAUGCAAUCUUGGAUAUCAAAAAAAGGACUUUCUUAUUUGCCGACGAUGGUAAGGGCACAGUUGUUUGAAAUUAUUAAAGAACACAAACAGCCACCUGUAUAUGAAGCAGAUAUGAUGUUGGAAGAGAAUGGUCAUAAAGUGGUAAGGCUUCCACCUUACCAUUGUGACCUAAACCCCAUCGAACUCAUAUGGAGCGUAUUAAAAAGAAGGAUAGCUGAAAAAAACGUGGGUCAACAAUUAAACAUUAUCUCCCCUAAUUUAAGGUAGCACAGUAAGUGUAAUGAGGCAACACUAAUUUGCAUUAGUGCCAACAUGACGGCAUAGGAACUAUUUGAUGAAACGCACUCUAGAACGACGAAGCAGGUGUCAGUGUGGUAGAAUGGCACGCCCUUACAAUGACUAAUCGUCCAUGUCCUUUCAUCUUUGUAGAAAUGAUGUGGCGCCCAACGUGGGGCCUAAAGAGGAGAAAUACUUAAGGCCACGACCCACUCGUAAACCAGAACGGUUUGAAAGUUCGACAAGUGAUUCUAGAAAAAUGGCCGUCUACAUAUCCGGCAAUCACCAAUGGCACACGGGAACGAAGCAGUUUUGCCCAAUGUCCAAUUUGGAGGUCUAAAGGCGGAUGUGGAAACCUUUAUAGCAGCGGUAUCAGUGUUUAAACAGGUCGAAAAGAUUUCGAAUGCCGAAGCGCUUGCGGGGCUACCGUUGGU